GGGCAAAGACGGGUCGCGAUUGGUUCGGCUGCGCUGUCAGUUAUUCUGCGGGGUAUCCGCCCCCUCGGGAAGGUCCAACGGACUGGGGUGGCAGCCCAGCACUGUUGAGAGCAGAAUUUAAAACCAGCAAACAGGAGUUAUGCGCUGAUGCUAGCACUGACUAACAACUCAGGUGGAAGAGAUUAUGACUUCUGUCAAAGAACAGGAAGCCAUCAGGAAGCUCAUGGUUUUCUUGCAGGAAUGGGAUAGUGCCCACAGAGUUGAUCGAAGCCGCAUCCUGGACAACUUCAUUAAAAGCAAUGAUGGCAAGACAGAACCAGAGCUGGAGCUGGAGUUCUCCCAGGGAGCCAGCUUGUUUCUGGCUCGCCUAACAACAUGGCUCAGGAUGACCUACAUGUACAGCACGUGCCUCAACAAGCUGCUCAAGUCCAUUGGCAUCUUCUUAUCUGCUGCAAGUGGACACAGAUACCUGACUGAAUUUCUGGAGAUUGGAGGUGUCGUGAUUCUCCUGGAAAUACUAGGGCUGAACCACCUGAAAGAAGAGGACAAAAGGGAGUCUGUAAAGCUGCUGCAGCUCAUCGCAGAUGCUGGCAGGAAGUAUAAGGAGCUCAUUUGUGAAAGCUACGGGGUGCAAUCCCUCACCGAGUUCCUGGCCACUUCCGACUCAGCGGAGGCUCAAGAAGAUGUACAGGUGCUCCUGGACUCCUUGGGCCACGGCAAUCCGAAGUACCAGAACCAAGUCUACAAAGGCUUCAUCACUCUGCUGCCGUGCACCUCCCCUCGAGCCCAACAGCUGGCCCUGCAGUCGCUCAGGGUCAUGCAGGACGUGGCGGGAGAGGUGCCCUCUGCCCUCGUGGGGCCCGUGCUGGGCACGCUGGGCUCCGCGCACCUGGAGGUCCAGUAUGAAGGUAUCCCCAGCCCCCGCCUCUCCCCACCAGCCCGUCUGAACGGCGGGUCCCGGUGCUGCCAGCGGCUCCCCUCUCCUCCAGCCACCCAGCUCCUGAAGGUCCUCAUGGCUCACCAGGUCCGGCCAGCCCUGCUGAAGGACCUGGUUGCGUUACUGACACCACCCAGGAAGAAAGCGCUGACCUUCUGCGACCAGACCUCCGAAGACCCAGCUGCACUUUGCCUGAGGGACCCUGUGCUGGAGUAUAUUCAGCAGGCAGCUGCCGCAAAAGCCAUUGGCGUGUUAGCCAAGGAGUCAGCAGAAGUGGCUGAAGAGCUGAUCCAGCUGAAAGUGGUGCAUGGCCUGAUGGUUGCUGUGGGGAACCUGGACCAUGUGGCCAGCCAGAGACACGCCAGCAUCUCCCUGGAGUAUUUUGUCCACAUGUUUCCCUUUGUGGAGGAGUGCGUAAAGAAGACACUAGGACACACACUGUUCCAGCACUUUAUGGACAGUCCUGAGACCUGGUACACAAAAAUGCAUCCAGUCCAGGCUGAAGAACUGGCCUCCAGUAUAGUAGACAUCCCCAGAGACAGAGCAAGGCCACAGUCCACAGGUGAGCAGGAAUGACUGUCCACCAGAAGAAAAAAAAUGCAAUUUCAAUCCAGAACCAAAUCUGGGAAUCUGUCAAAAUUCAGUGUUCCUGAAUGCUUGCGACCAGAAUUACCAUACAUCCUUUCAGAGUGGAAUGGAUUCCAGGAGGGAACCAAGCAGCCUUUUGUGAAGUAAAUGAAGGAAAGCUACCAAGCCUGAAGUGUGCAAGUGUCGUCUUGUUAAUGUAUAACAAAAGGCACAGUCUUUUUACUUGCCAGCUCACUGGAGGGGUAUAGAAGCAUGUAAAGCAGAGACCAGGAGGUACUUGCUGCUCUGUCACAGGGGUUCCAGGUAUCAGCAAGACCCCCAGGGAAAGCUGGGGCUGAGUCCCUGCAAAUCUACCUUGCCCUGCAGGUACCCAAGAUCAGCCACGGGGCAACUCAAAACACCCUCCCUAUAACCACUUCAAGACAUUUGAGUUCUCCAGGUCCUUCACAUUUUGGCCAAAGUCUCCAACCCUAUUAGUUCAUACCAAAGCCCAUCAAGAACACCAAGUGUUUUGUGCCAUUCUUAGCACACCCUUACAUGGGUGGGACCCAAAGUACUACGAAAAGUAAAGGGCAUGGAGGUAACCAUUCAGGACAGGAUAAGCUUCCUACAAAAACCAGGGCAGUCUUAAGUCUAGCAUGAGAGACUGCUCCUGAGGAAAGGAGACAUUAGUCAUGGUUUUAUACAAUCUCUAUUAUGUCUCCCACAGAGAACACCCAGCUUAGUUUCAUAAGACAGCUCUAAAAUAAUUUGCUCCUAGCAAACAAACUCCAAAUUGCCAUUACAAGCAACAACAAGAGAACUUGACAUUCCAAAUGUCAGAACAAAAGCAGCUAAAACACUUUCUGCAACAAGAGUAGAAUCCCCAGGUCAGAAAGGC